AUGGACACCACCACCACCCACCACCACCUGCCUCCACUGACACCACCACCACCACCUUCCUCUCCUGACUUCAUUUUGUCAUCCCUCAGCCCCUCCUCACUGGAUACAAUAAGUGUCAGCAGACAGUAGGUGUUGGAUCUUUGACUCGCGAAUGUGUCUUUGUUUUGAAGUAUAAUACAUCCAACCUACUGUACCUGCAUGCAUUUAAGUUAUGGUUUGGACCUCACAACUGUACUGAACUACUAUAAGGGCACAGGCAACAUUGGCAUUUUGGCAUUCUGGCACUAUAAAAAUGGCAAUGUUAAGGGGAUAUCUGUAUGUUGAUCUUAUUGAAGCAGAGAAUUUGCCUGACUGUGACACAGCAUUCUUCAAUAUUGAUCCUAAAGACACUUCAGAUGCUUUUGCUCAGAUAAAAAUAGGACAUUGCGUCCUUUGCAAGACAGCCGUUAUUAACAAUGACCUUUCACCAAAGUGGCAGGAAUCACAUAGAAUUCCUAUAUGCCAUUCUUCUGAUAAGCUGCAAAUUCAAGUUUUGGACAAAGAUCAUUUUGAUGCUGGACUGCUUGGGGAGGUCAUCAUCAGGCCAGAAGAUCUUAUGGAUGGCGAGACCUUAGAAGGAUGGUAUCCACUGUCUGGCAGUGAUGGUCGUAUCAAGCUUAAAAUGAAUUAUGUUCCUAAAGAAAUGAUUGAGGCAACAUUUGAGGUUCCUGAUUGCUACUUCAAAUUACGAGAAGGUUGCAAAGUUACUCUGUAUCAGGAUGCACACUGUCCACCUCUUCCCAUUUAUGAGGGCAUCCCAACAGCUGAUGGCGAAGUUUUUAAUCCACCCUGUGCUUGGGUUGACUUGUAUAAAGCAGUGAAUGGUGCUCAAAGAUUUAUAUAUGUUACUGGUUGGAGUGUGUAUACAGAAACUGUCCUAGUAAGAGAUGACUGUGAUUGUGAAGAUGGCAAGGGGGAAUCCUUUGGUGAACUACUGAAAAGAAAGGCAGAUGAAGGUGUACGUGUAUUGGUGAUGAUCUGGAAUGAGAAAAUGAGUACAGAUUUAACAGUGGGGUUUAUGGGUACUCAUGACGAAGAGACACGGAUAUUCUUUCAAGAUUCUGAUGUUGAAGUAGCAGUAGUCCCUAGAGUACGUUGCUUUGAGGGAAUGGCAUCUUUCUUUCAAAAUCAGUUUUCUCAAACAUGUUAUACGCAUCAUCAAAAGACAGUCAUCCUUGAUUGCCCUCCUAUAGAUGGUGAAGAUUUGCCAAGAAUUCAAGCUUUUAUUGGAGGACUUGAUAUUACUGAUGGCAGAUAUGAUACACCAGAACAUGAGCUUUUCAGAACAAUUCAGACCCUUCAUCAAGGGGACUUUUAUAAUGGUGUUGCAACAGUCACCAGUGAAGUUGGCCCUCGUGAACCUUGGCAUGAUAUUCAUUGUCGUUUAGAGGGGCCUAUAGCUUUAGAUGUUCUUGCAAAUUUUACUGAACGAUGGAGAAAACAGGUCCAUGACAGAGAGUCUCGCCUCCUUCCUAUUUCAGAAGAAAUGUUUGCAUUGGAAGCUCCAGUAACUGGUGAAGAAGACGAAUUAUGGAGUGCACAGAUUUUCAGGUCGAUUUCAUCAGACUCUGCUCAUUUUAGCUUUAGUAGAUUUUCAACUAUUCCAAAGAGAAGGGGUAAAUAUGUUGAUGACAGUAUCCAUCGAGCAUACAUUCAUCAGAUUCGACGAGCAGACAGUUUUCUAUAUAUUGAAAAUCAGUAUUUUCUUGGAUCGGCUUAUAACUGGGAUGAAGAACAAAGUACUAAGGCUUACCACUUAAUUCCGCUGGAAAUUACUCAGCGUAUUCUGGAGAAGAUAAAUGCCGGAGAAUAUAUGGCGGUGUAUAUACUAGUGCCUAUGUUCCCUGAAGGAGACCCAGCAAGUGGGCCUGUUCAAGAAAUUCUUCACUGGCAGCAUCGCACCAUGCAGAUGAUGUAUCGUGCUAUAGCUGAAGCUAUUGAAGCAAAUGAGCUAGGCACUCAUCCAAGAGACUACCUCUCAUUCUUCUGUCUAGGAAAAGGUGAAUGUCCUGAUGAUAUUCCUGAAGAUCUGACUCCACCUGAGCCAGGCACUCCAGCUUCUGUACUUCGGGAAAAUGCAAGACUUAUGAUUUAUGUGCACUCAAAAAUGAUGAUUGUCGAUGAUGACUACAUCAUUGUUGGCUCUGCAAACAUCAAUCAGCGGAGCAUGGGUGGCACUAGAGACUCUGAAAUAGCAGUAGGAUGCUUUCAGCCACUGCACACACGAGAAGUAAGUGGCCAGCCACAAGGAUCAAUUUCUAAAUUCAGGUUGGCACUUUGGGCAGAGCACCUGGGAGGUGUCAGUGAAAUUCACAUGAAUCCAGGUUCAAUUGAAUGCAUGCAAGCUGUUAAUGAAAUGGCAGAUAAUAAUUGGAAUGUGUAUUCAUCUGAUGAGCCUUGUAAAAUUGAGGGCCAUUUGAUGCGAUAUCCAGUUGAGGUUGGUCAGGACGGAUCAGUAACAGCCUUGGAAGGUUCAGAAAACUUCCCAGAUACUGCAGCUCCAGUUCUUGGAGCUCCAAACUACUUGCCAAAUAAGUUGACAACGUAAUUUUAAUGGCUCAUUUUCUAGUUCAAAGUAUAUGGUAAUAAAUAUGAAUGGAAAUGUUUAUAUUGUGUGGAUAAUUUUAUAAAGUUCUCGUGCAUUAGAUAUUUUAUUGCUCGAUGUUAACAUCACAGUAAUUUAUGUGAACAGAUGCUCUUGGAAAUACUUUCAUUCAGUAUUAAUCUGUGUUCUGUGGUGUAGCAGUCUAGAGAUGAGACUUUAGCUAUUGGUAUUACAUGGCAGUGGGCCUCUCAUUAUUUAUCUCUUGAAACUCCUGUUUCAAAAUAUAAAAUGUACAAUUUGAGCCAUAAAAAAGAGUACAGUAUAACAUUUUAUACAGUUCUCGGGUCUCACCUGACAUGGUUUGUAAUUCCAAAAUGCUGUAAAAUUAUAUAUAUAUAUAUAUAUUUUUUAUUACUCAAAUUGCAACUGUAUUAAAUUAAGCCAAAGAUUGCUUUAAGUGUGUAAAUGCUGGCUUUUGGAGAUUUAAUCUGGAAUUGGUGUAAAUCUUGUAUGUUCAAAUACAGUAAUAUUUUAGCUCUUUUGAAAAUAUAUUAAUAGUUUACCUGCAAUAAAUGCUAAAAAAAAAGGCAGCUACAUUUAAACUUAGUGAAGUAGCGUGAGUAAAUUCUGAAAUGCAAAAUGCAGUUUGAUUGUAUAUUACUGUAUUGCAUAUGUUACAUUACUGUACUGCAUAUUAUGUUAUAUUACUGUACUGCAUACUUUAAUGAUGUUACUUAUGUUUUUCAUGUUAACAAAGAAAAUAUUUUAGAUAUUUAUUAAUGUUAGUGUAUUGCAUUUUUAAAAUUUGUGUAAUAGUUGAUGUUUUAUUCACUACUUGUUUGAAGACAGUUAAAUUACUAAUUUCUUUUUAUUCCACUUAUUUUUCAUAUUAUAUUUGUGACACAUUUUGGUCAUAGUUUUGUUUGUUUAAUGUUGCACCCUUAACUAAAGUUUCACCUCUUAUCCACACUUGGAAACAGCCUCUGACAUUUGCAACUCUCCGUCACCUUACCAUUAUCGUAUACAACAUUUAGCUGAGAGAAAGUUCCGUUAGGUCGUAAGAAAUCCUGGAGACAUUCUCAGAAUGGUGGAAGUUUGCUAGUGUGUACACCAUGGUAUGGUUUUAUUUCUUUUACCAGUACUUAGCAUUUUCAUAGCCAGAACAGAUCUAAACAAACACAGUACUAUAUAAGAUAUUCAAAAUUUCCCCAAACUUUCUCUGCCUCAAAUUAGCUGGAAUGAAUUUUAAAUUUAACACAACUGCAAUGAUAAACAAGAAAUGUUAGGGGUUAUACAGCAGCUUUAAUAUUAAUACUUCUCAAAUCAAACUACAAGUACUGUUUGGGGCCACAGUCCGGUGGUCCCAGUAAUUAUUGUGGAAGGUUUACAGACAGAUGGCGUGUCUCAUGGACAUCUUUGUCUUCAUCGUCAUUGUUUAUAUGCUUCCUUAUUACUGUAAUUUCUGUCAUUGGCAUAAGCAGUAAGCAAAAUGUUUCUUACACUAGCUAUCAUUGUUGACAAAUGAAGUCACAUAACACGUGUCUUAAAUUUAGAAUUUUGGAGUAAGGUACGACCUCCACCAGGUAUUGGUUGAGGAUGUUGGAAAUUGUGUAAUCUAUUGCCAUAAUGCCAGCUACAUGGAUAGUCUAAAUCCCUUCUUGAUGUGUGUCCACAAUGUGUGUUGAGCAUCUGAGACAGGCAUGGUCUAAUGCACUACUUUUCUUUGUAUACAAUGAUAUAGUGCAGUUUGCAAGAGGCAAACACUUGCAGUGAAGUCCAGCAUUGAUUUGAUCCAAUCUCACUAACAUCUAAUAUUGAAAGACAAGUGAUAUGUUUAAAUCAUUUGCUAUCCAAGGCUUGAUUCUCAUACACUUAGUUGUUUAUACACUGCAUCUAUUACCCAGGGUUUUAUCAUGGACACCUGUUUUAUUAUGAGUUUAAACAAGUCUCAUCACUGCUUUGUUGCUUCAGUUGAAGACAGGCAUUAUCACUCAUUUCGCUUCCAGGGUAAGAAAUAUCUCUCUCUUUUUUCAGUAUAUGUGAUGUAGUAGUACAUUUAGUCAGUGUUAGAACUCCGUUUUUGUCAUGACUCUUACCUUCAGUGAGCUAAGAACCAUGGGGAAUUUAAACAUCUUGUUAUACUUCCAUGUUAAUCAUAUUUUUUGUUUUGUAUUACUGGAUUUUAAAGCUUCUUUCAUUAUAUCUUCUGAAUUGAAUGGUAUAACUUCACUUGCCCAGAUUCAUUAGUGUCAAGAAGAUAGUGUGCUUUUUCAAUGUCUAGUUCCUUAUUCUGUUGGUACUGUAGUUAAAUAAGCUGCUAAAAUAUUUGUAUGUAAAACUACUACCUCUAUGAACACUGCCUAUGCAUACUAUGAAAUGGUACAUUCCAGAGCCCUGACAUAUUCAUCUCGGUUCUUUUGUUAUUCAAUCUUUCUAAAUUAACAUUAUUUGAGGGGGGUUACUAAAGUUAUUUUUAUACAUUUAUAGUGAAUUUUAGGCAGCUAAUUAUAUUACAAUAGUGCCAGUGUUUUGGGAAGUGUUUAUUUUAGAAAAUUAUGAAUUUCAAAAUAUUUUGUACGUAAGAAUUGGUAUAACUAUGAAAACAAGCUUGGCUUAGUAUAUGUGAAUGGGACUGGCUUAAACAUCUUUAAAAUGUAAGAAUCUGUCAUAAAGUACUAUUUUAAGUGCAACUACCUGUAUUACUGUGUGCAUAUAUUAUACAAUAUAGACAUUUUGUAAGGCCUUUUGGAUAUUUGUUACUCCCUGCAGAUUGUCUGAAAUUGUGCAUGUUAGAAUUAAUAUAUGUAUGAUCUACUGGUGCCUUGCGGAUAGCCAAUUUUAUAUUAAAUAGCUUGACAUUUAUAGUGUUGUAAAGUUUAGAUAUUGCAUGAUACCUGAUUCCAUAAACUAAAUGUUCUCCACAGCUUGUCAUUUCUCCCACAUUACAUUUGUCAUUGUGCACGAACGUGUCUUCCUUAUGCUUAAUUUGUGUGCUUAGAAAUGUUGUCUUUGAAAUUGUGGCUUCUCACUUUAUAAAUUUAUAUGUAUGUAUAAUUCUUUAUAUAAAUUAUUUCUGCAAAAA